CCAAAAGCACAUGCUACCUUGCCCCACAUGACCUCCAUGGUCAAGCUCAUCAUGCGUCUGCCAGCUGCAAUAGAUAAAAACAGAUUAUAAAAGAAGAUACCAAAAUGAAUUGCUCAAAAUAUUGCGGGUCUCUCGAUCUCAGCACUUGUUUGUAGCAAUGGAUAAUUGUUUUGAUGAUGACUCUCUUGAGCCUUUAUCAUCAACUAGUACAAGAUCAGGUGGUGAUAAUGAAGUGAAAGCUGCAGUUCAUCAACUUUUGGAAGAGGGUUGGUUCUUUGGCAAAUUGCUGGACGCCAACUGCAAACCAAGAAUGCUCAGGUGCUAUUCUGAUCCUUCUCCGAGCUUCGAUCAGCAGGUUUUAGCAAAUACUUGUCCUCCGAGUGGAAAAUCUUCAUCCACAAGAGAAUUACUCCCUCCUGGUAAUUUGACUCGUGCACCGUCCUUACCACCUAAUAUAGGGAGAUCAGAAGAGAAAAUACAAGAAACAGAGAGCAAUACUAGUGCUAGUGGAAUGAGCAGAAAAUUGACUAGGCAAUUAUCAGAUCAAGUCUUGAUUCGAAAACCAAGUUGUGUGAAAAAGAAAGAAGGAAUAAGCCAAGUGAAAGUAGCAAGUCAUGCUAAUAGAAAUAGGAGGAGCAAGAUGGUGGCGGAGGGGCAAUCAUCACAGCACAGCUUGAUAAGAACACCAUCUUUGCCACCUUAUAUAGGGAGGGAAGAAAUGAAUGAAGAGAGUGAAAGUGAUGAAAUUACGAUGAGCAAAUUGAUUCGGCAAGCAAUGCCUCUCUCUAAGGAUAUCUUGCCUCGGCAACGUAGCUCUAAGAUGAUCUUGCCGAAGUACAGACCACCAAGAAACUCAGAGGAGGAAAGCGGUGAUGCAUUGCAGGAUAUUGCCUCUGAAACAAGUAGGUUUCCUAAAAAUCAAGGGCGAUUAGAGAAGAGCCUGAGCAAUCUUGAAUCCCAUGAAGUGCAAGGGUUUAAGGACAAAAAAGGCUUGAAUCCACCAAGUAUGGUUGAGAUAUUUGCCGGUUUGCAAGAGAAGAGAAUAUAUAUAAAGCGAAAUCAAGACAAGGUGAGGGAACCUUAUCCCUCAAGUUCAUGGCAAGUGAACAGUUGCGCCUGUGCUCCUCCGAUCCCAGUUUGGGCUUCCAAAGACUCAGCACAGGAUAUGAAGGCGCAACUCAAGUUUUGGGCCCGAUCUGUGGCAUCAAACGUGCGCUAGAGCGAUGAUUAGUAGCUUGACAUAAUCAGACUGUCCAUUGUUAGGCGAAGAUUAGGAGCCGAAGAACAUGCCACACCACUCACAGGCCAAAGAAUUAGAGGAAUUGAUUGAAGGGAAGAAUAAAUGAGGUACUGCUGAUUCUUUUGUGAUCAUUCUUUACAGAGAUACAAUCAUUUGUAAUAAUAACAUUUUCUUGAUGGGAGGAGUAUCAUAAGACUUUUAUUUUUCUUC